AUGUCAUCAGUUCUGAAUUCAGAUCAAUUGGUUAAAACCAUUAAAACUAGGCUUCAGGCUAAUGAGGUGGAAGUUCAAGAUAUGUCCGGUGGUUGUGGUCAGGCGUUUGCUGUCAUCAUAGUUAGCGACAUAUUCAAAGGGAAGAACAAGCUAACUAGGCAUAGGAUGGUAAACAACGCUCUUAGUGAGGAGAUUAGUCAAAUACAUGCUUUUACGCAAAAGGUCUUUACCACUGAUGAGUGGGAGGAACAGAAGAGGCUUUAUGGUUCUAGCUAG